GUGACUUUCACUAUUUUUUUUAAUUAACUUAAUGCAAACAGUAGCUCUUUUAGUUCUGUUGGUGAAGACGUUGUCAUCGAUCGCCGAACAUACUAGUUUGACCAUGGGCGAUAGAUACACCAAGCAUGAUCUGACAUUUGAUUUAGGUACUAAAGUGAUAUAAUAAAUCAUUGACGUCCAGACGUCGGGAUUACCCUUAUCAGCCUCAUGGAUGUGUAGGCAGGCGGCGGGUAGCUAAGUAUAAUACAAAGUUCAAAGAGUCUUGUAGUUUAGUAUAAAGUGCUUGACAGAGAGAGAGAGGGGGGGCAUGUCAAAAUUGUAACAAUACCAUACCCAUGAGUUAAGCUAGGUUUUAGGAAGACCCCACAAUCUGGGAAAGUGACAAGAAAUGUUCCAACUUCUUCCCAUGAUGGUGAAUGCAUAUUGAAUAGUAGAUUUACCGGAUAUUAUGUUAGUUUGUUUUAAAAUAUAGUGAAACCUAGUUUUUUAGACGUUGUGUAUCGAUUCUAGAUUUAGUUAUUUUAUGCAAUAUUUAGACUUGAUAAUAACCUGCCUCAUUCUAAAAAGAAUUCACUGUUGAGAUAUAUUCGAAUUACAAUAUAUACUGAAUUUGUUUGUAUAGAUGUGUAUGAGAAGGUGCGUGUUUCAAUAGGGGGAGUGGACCAUGGAUUAUAUAGAACAAUCAGUGCAAAUAUUUACUAGCUAAAAUGUUAUCAACUAAAUUAAGUUAAUUAUAAUUGUAUGGAUGGCCAUAGUUUUGGUUUGGUUCGCUGUAUUCAGACACAAGAAUACAUCCCACAACAUCAUAUAAGUGUACAAUCAUUGAAUAAGGUUAGAAAAGUCAGCUGUCAUUUACUUGACUGUUCUUUAUGUCUGUCAAGUAAUGAUGUGAUUACAAGAGAAAUCGAAAUCAAAAUUAGCCCCGACUUUUUGAAAUCAGAUUCCUUUUCAAUGAUAAAAUUAUAGUGAUAGAGUGGCGAAUCAAACUGUCGCCUGGUAAUGUCAACGAUCAAAUUGUAAUCUAUAUCGGUCUAAAUCCACUCUGCAGUCUGAAUUUGGUAAAUGAACCAAUUCAUGUACUAGAGGGUGAUAAUCUCUUCACCUAAACGCACGUCAUUUCAUGUAAUUUAGGUCUUUAAAACAUGACUUUCGAAGUGAAAUUAGGCUCAGUCAGCAGAUGUCUUGUCCUCAUAUCUGUAUAACGCUGAACUCGCUCUUGUUUCGACAAAAUAAUGAGCUUGAAAGAGUUUGGUUGCAAUGAUUUUACUCAUUGAAAUUAAAUAGAACGGAGGAAGUGUACAGCUUGCACAUUAACCGCAGAUAGGUGCUUCGUUUGUUGACAUAAGUAUGAUAUAACAACUAAUAUGUAGGAUAAUUUGAAUUCGACAUGUUUCUUGAAAUCUAUGUGUGUGACUCUAUGACCCCUGUGAUAUUCGAUGCGGAAUAUAAAAUUGAAGUGGUAUAGAAUUCACAAUGAAAUAAAUAAUGAAAUUGAAAUGAGUUACAGAGAUGAAUAAUUCCAGCAAGUCUGACUAAACAUCGUGCCAUCAUAAAUGAGACUUUUUCAAUGACUUUCAAUUUUGAUUUCUUUGUAUUGCACAUGCUUUAUAAACGAAGUUCACUAUAACGCAGUUCAUUUUGUAGUAAAUAGGUUGCGUUGAUUUCAUUUUUAUUUUUCACUGGGAUUGUAGUAAAAUAUUGACUAAUCUUUCUAACACUGAAAUUCGAAAGAUUAUAUUACAUGUAGUCUAAACGUGAACAAACGUUCAUUAUAACUUUGUAUUUGACCAACUUCAAAUAAUAGUGAAUAGCUUGUGGUAAACCUAGCGAUUGGGCGCAAAGUACUAUGUCAAGCUUGGAGAAUAAAGGGCACAUCGACCAGGUUACCAUAGAACAGUUAUACCCAUCGCAAACAAAAAUAUGAGCCCGAAUAAGCCGAUUUUGCAAACAACUUUCAUCUGCCACAGCAGCGUUUAUAAAAAACUUUCUACAGAAUAAAUGUUUAGAAGAUAGUUUUUUUUUUCUGUUGAAUAACAUAUGUUCUGGUACUACUAUUUCCAAAAGUACAAUGCUGUGAGUGCAUUCAAAUUGUGAAACAUGCUACAAGACGGGGCUGAUUAUUAAGUGUUUGUAACGGUAUCAUCAAUUUUUAUUGGUUCUAUUUUUCUGUCUGGUUUACCUGUUGGAAAUAUUAUUACUACUUAUUAUUGGUAACAUAAGCCAUGUCAAAGCCUCGAAUAACGUAUUCGAUACAUAUGGAUAUGAACCAUUGAGUAAUUUUUGCUCAAACUUUGCCUUUAAACUAGGAUCCGUUCAUAAGAAUGGCUGAAAUAUAUUGUUAUAUUUUUAUAUUCAUACUUCUAACCGCCUAUUUCAUUUUGAUCUCAAGUUGAGUAUUAAAACAAACAAGUGCCAUUAACUCGAAAGAAAUGUUGCACCAUUAAUCAUCGGGGUUGAAAUCGAUAUUUCAUAUUCGAUAACAAGAUAACGUGACCUUUACACGAUCAAGAUAAACUUUGAUUUUGCAAGGCAAAGAUGAUUUGAGAAAUUCCUCCGUCUCUCAAGAUUAAUCUAAUUUUGGGGAUGAGUUAAAUGAUGUCCCAAUCGGAACCUGGAAUCAGACGAGUUGCAAUUUCAAACCAGAUGAGUGGUUUCAGUGCAUAUCCGACCGUUUCAACAAACAAUGUCCGAAAUACGGAUCUGAGCACAAUAAUGAUACAGACUAAUGCUAUAUCACGGACAACGACGGAACUCAACAAGCAGCCUGUAUUUGGGGCACUUGUAACAGUACAGGCUACAAUUGGAAUGUAUUUACUUGUUGCCAUGCUUUACUCAGAAUGGAAGCUUAGAGAUGCAUCUUCAUCAACAUCGCAAAUGCACGCCAAAAGGCUGAGACAAGUUUGUUUGUUUGCAACAUCAGUGGGAACAACACAUUUGAUUGUUAACGUGAUUGCCCUGUUGGCACCGGCAUCUCAUAAAUCAUGCAUCCUUCGAUUGGCAGUACAGAAGGUCACAUACUGUUUUGGAAUGUUUGCGGUCUAUGCAUUCUUGUGGCUUCGACAAAAACUGUUUUAUUCAAACCCGUCGUUGAAGUAUCUAUACAACAAAGCCUUGCGUUUCUGUAGCUGGAGCGUAUUUGCCGUUAUCAUUAUUUGCUUUGCUGCCCAAUGCACUAUGACAGUAAUAGGAGUACUGUAUUCCGAAAAAGAAUCAAAUUCUUCGAUUUCUAAUGAGGAAAACUUGUUAUGUGUAAAUCCACAAAAAAGAUUGUGGACGAUCCAAAUAACUCUUGCUUCUAUCACAAGCUCAAUUGUUCACAUAAGCCUUAUGGGUUUGUUUAUUUAUCCCAUGUGGAGGCAUAAACUCCAAACUUCUUCAUUAUUUGUGAGAGGACAUAACGGAAGUUUUGUGAGCCGUUCUAGCGUACCUUUGCCGAAUUCUAAUUCGGGAGACGACCCGCAGAUGAAAAAGAAUUCGCUCUUGCGCAACAGCUUGCGGAAAACGUUUUCAAAUGAAAGUGGAGGCAUCGUUAUUCGAUCACCUAGUACGAGCUUGAGUGCGAACGGCAGUAAUCCAAACACGCCAUUAAAUGGAAGAACAAUUGGACGUUCUGAUUCUCAAAGUAAAAAGCGAGCAAAGUAUGUUCACGAUCGCCUGAGAGCUUUGAUAAAGCGUUGUCUUUUACUGGCAAUAACAUGUGUCGUUACAAGUAUUAGUGUUACAAUCAUAACUGCAGUAUUUUACCGAGGUGGCUUGUUGGCAACGUUUUUGUACGGAAGUAAUAUGCUUAUCAACAUGAUAUGUUGUACUGGAUGCUUCCAUAAUUGGUGCCAUACUUUAUGUCCUUUCUGCAAACAUAAAAAGAAAAGGAGGCCCAGAGGUUCUUUCACUACUUCGAACAGAAACGAUAUCGCGUCCCAGAGACCAUCCAGACAAUUUGAUUCAAUUGUGUAAUACUGAACAUUGUUGAUAUAUUCGAUAUAUAUAUAUAUAUAUAUAAAUUAAAUAUUUUAUUAGGCUACUAGCGCUACAGUCCUAGAAAACCCCUCGUUCUGUAACUGAACGUAUUUUAUCAAUACCUAAUUUUUUACUUACUGUUAAACAGUGUGUGUAUUUGUAAGAACUGUGCUACCUAUUUUCAAUCAUUUAUAUAUAUGCUACAAAUCAUGGUUUUAUGUUCAUUAUCAUAAUAUUGACAAAGCUGGACAGCAACGAAAAUAUAUUAAGCCAACGUU